AUAUAUUUUUUAGAUUUUCAUAAUUAACCUUUUGUUGAAUAUCACUUCGGCCAUCUUCGGUUCUUGUUUCGAGUCUGUGUUGUAUGAAGCUCUAGUCUGAGGCUAUCGUAACCUAAAAAUCUCACUCUCACCUCAAAGUUGUAAACGUCGCAAGUACAGAGUAUAAUUUAUCAGUAUAAAACAUAUUUAAAAAUAUAUAUAUUAGUCACCGGUUACAAAAUUAUAGUUCUUCAACAAAAAUGGCUUGCUUACAAAUUCUUAAACAACAGAUAAGAACUAUUGAGUCAGUAUUUCCAAAAAACCAUGAAAGAUUUCAAAUAAUCUCUGCAAGCGUGGACGAGCUUAAUUGUAUAUUUGUUGAUAAAGACGGAAAAAAGUAUGAAAUUAAUGCCAGUAUUACUGAAACAUAUCCUAUGACUCCACCAGUAUGGUUUGCAGAAACUGAUGACUUUAGAAUACUAAAUGUUGUUAAAAUUUUAAGCGACACGACUGGUGAUGACAACCAUAUAAUAAAACAAGUAGAAAUUUUAUUAAGAGAAUUGUGUCGCCUAAAUUCUAUACCUGAGCCAGCGGAUCUUGAGAGAUUGAAAAUAAUUUCCAAUUCUCUACCAUCAGAAGCAAGCACUAGUAAGACUGUAGCAGAAGAAGUAGCCGAUGAAGCUCCAGCUAAAGAUGAAAGUGACGUAAAUACUGAAGACGAAGCUAGUGAGCAUGAUGAUGAUCUUGAUGAUUUUGAAGAAGAAGUUAAUACUGAAAAAAUAAAGACUGAUGAGGAAAUGAGUUCAGAAGGAUUAGCAGCAUGGAGAAGAUUGCAACAAAUUCGAAUGAAGUAUACUUCAAAAAAUGGUUCGUCAGGUAUUAUACAAGCUACUGAUCGUUUAAUGAAAGAAUUGCGAGACAUUUACCGAAGUGAUAGUUUUAAAAAUAAAAUUUACACCAUUGAAUUAGUUAAUGACAGUCUAUACAGAUGGAAUGUUGGAAUAAAGUCUACUGAUCCUGACUCACCAUUGACCAAAGAUUUGGAACUUCUCAAAAAAAGAGAAGGCAAAGAUUUUAUUCUUCUUCAAAUAUUAUUUAGUGACAUGUUUCCAUUUGAACCACCAUUUGUACGAAUCGUUCAUCCAAUUAUGUCUGGUGAUUUUGUAACAUCAGGAGGUGCACUUUGUAUGGAACUAUUAACAAAACAGGGUUGGAGUUCUGCGUUUACAAUGGAAGCCUUGAUAAUGCAGAUAUUAGCGACUAUGCUCAAGGGUCACGCACGUGUAUGGCAGUUUGAUGAAACAAAGUCACUUAGUAGCAGCAAUAAUCCAAAUUUAAGAUACACUCUUUACGAUGCGGUGCUAUCAUUUGAUAGUUUAGAGAAAAAGCACCAAGAACGCGGUUGGCAUACACCCCCAAACAAUGAAGGCUAGUUAAUUAUCAUUUAAAACGCAAAACAUGACGCCAUUUAAAACAAGAAGCUCAGGAAUAGAAAAUAAAAUGACUGCGUUCAGUUUUAAUUUUAAGAUUAUAGUAAAAUUUAUUUUGUACAAAUUAAAUUAGAAGAUUGAAAGUAAUUUUUUAAUGACGUAGAGAUUAACAAUUCAUAGUCAAAUCGUAACAUAUCUGUAGUAUAUAUGUAAAUAGAUGGAUUGCUUGUAAGACUGCUAGUAUUUAAGUAAAAAAAUUAAUUGUUUGAUUGUUUAAAUUUUUAUAAGAUUGUAAUUUUGUGUAUAAUUUUAUAUUAUUAUUAUUAUUCAAAACUUAACGUCAGAAAAUUAUUUAUUACUUUAUUAAUUUACUUAAUUUUUUUUUGUAACUUUUUCGA